AUGUCGUCUCCAGCUAUUUCGGAAGUUAAUCCAUUGGACAAUGCUAUUGAAACAUUGAACAAAGAUUGUAAUCCUAUUGAAUUUCAUGAUAAAUCAUUAAUUAUUGAAUAUCCUGAUUAUCGUAUGUUAAUUAUAGAUACUGGAUUAUUAGAAAAGCAUAAACAACCGGAUAUUUUAUCUACGAUCGAUAUCAUUGUUGUAUUACAAUGGAAUUCAAGAAUUCAAACAACACUGGACAUCCUAUUCACCGAAGUGAUUCAAGAAGAUUUUCAAUUUAAAAGCUUUUGUUGUUUAAUUCUCCCAAAUAUUAUCGAUUUAUUAAAUCCUAUCAGAAUGAAUUCAACUUCAAAUAAGCCAUCCAGAUACUGGUUAACGAAAGAUGAUGAGAAAAAGUACCCAAUGAUGAAAUGGUUACGAUCAGCUUUGAAAUAUGGUUUAACUGUUCUUCAGAUAUGCAGUAAUAAUAAAUUCUGGACAAGAUUUCAUUGUUCACAGCCUACAUCUAGUGUAACAAAUUCAUCUCUACCUAGUACCAUCGAUGAGAAAAUAUACCUUACAGUGUUUAAUAAUCAUUUACAGAAAACAAAUCUUACUACUGGUGUACAAAAAAGUAGUUUGUUAUUAUUAUUCGAGAAAUUUGGUUUGGGGAAGUUGAAAAUGAUGGCGAUUCCCAGCGGUAGUGUUGGUGACUCAGGAUUAUCUUAUAGUUUGCUACUUGUAUGGUUACCUUAUGAAUGUGAAAACUCCCUCCCCAAUGAUACAAAACGAACCGCUGCCAAAGUCUUUUUCUAUCCAGUAACAUUAGAAGCCAAGAUGAAUGCUGCAGAUGAACAGAAAUCACAAAUUGAAGAAGUGAAAGUGAAGAGAGAUGCAAUACUGGCUACAAGAUCCUUAAUGCAACAAUUAAUACGGUACAAUUCCAAUACAAAUUCUCCUAUUUAUCGAAAACGGCAAUUUUAUCGUGAUGCGAAUAGUUCAAGUACGAUUACACGAUCGAAGACGUUCACCUCAGGUUUAAAUCCUCUACCACGUGUUAAAUGUUCGAAUGGAGGACAUUCAGUGAUCAAUCCAAUUUUGAGGAAGAGUUUUGAACAGAAAAACGAAGAUGAUUCAAUCAGGUCGCCUAUAAAUAAUGAUAAAAAAGACGAAAUUGGAAGCAAACAAGUCACCUGUCAUAAAACGGUUAAAUUUGGACCUAUCGAAGAGUGUCACUAUCAAGGCAAGAAAAAAAUAACAACAAAGAUACUGACAAAUGAAAAUUAUUCAAAGACGACAACAUCCGCCUCGAUAACUGAAAAUACUUCUACAAAUUUAGAUAUCCCCGAAAAUUCCAAUUCUACACAGAACAGUCCAGUCAUCAAUCCAGAGGUAAUCGUUAAAUCAAAUGAAGAUUCGGACGAGAAACAGGAAAUUCUACUGACCAAGUCAACUUCAUUUCCUAAUCAACUGGUUCAGCAUACACUAGCAGCGGAUCAAAACAGAUCAUCAUGCUCAUCAGCAAUAAGCGAUCAAUGCUCAGAUUAUCAAUCCUGUAAUCAUUAUUAUUAUUAUUACUGUAAUGAUCAUCAAAAUUAUGAUCAAUUUCCUCCGCUAUCAGCUACUGUUCUACUAGCCAUACCUGAAAUUGGUGAAAAUGACUAUUAUGCUGAUUCACCACAAUGUCUGACUGUCAAGGAAUUACGAGAAUUAGGUGUGUACACUAGUGAAGAAGAUGACGAUGAUGAUGAAGAAGAAGAUGAUGGAGAUGGCGUCGUCGACAACAACAACAACAACACCACCAAUGAUGAUGACGGCGAUGACGACGAAGAUGUUGUCGGUAAAAGUAAAGAAGUGUUAGACAGCAUUAGAGAACAAAGAGAAUAUAGAUUAGACACCAAUGAAAGAAUAAGCUCUAGUCCCACAUAUAUUCAUGGUACAGAUAUUCUAGUCGUCUCGCAUACACCAUCAACAACAUCAGAAUUCAAUGAAAUUCAUGCAUCACAUCAUCAUCAACAUCAUCAUCAUGAAGAAGUUAUGAUCUAA